AUGGCCAACUACCCGCGUCACUGGAACGUGCACCACGACUUGCCAGUUGGUGUAGGCUUCGAUCCUCGGCUGGGUCUGCCAUACUACAUGUCGCGCUACCCAGUGAGCAUCAGCUACGAGCCUACAGAGAUCCUGCACGAGAACCUUUCACACAUCCACCUGCCACCAGGCAUGGGCUUCGUACCUGGCAUUGCUGGCCCACCGCCGGGUCCCAUCAGCUUUGAUGAGGACGGCUUUAUGUAUCUCUAUGAUCUGCCUAGCUUUCCUGCUAGUCAUACGGCUCGAGCUUGGCGCCAGCGUGAGCGCUACCGUCGUCGUCAGCAGCGCGAGGCAGCCAGAAAGGACGAUGCCGCCUCGCAGACCGACUCCGAGUCAAACACAGAUUCCGAUGCCACAGUCGUCCCGGGCAACAACCUUGCGAACUGGCCCUACGGCUGGUCGUGGGGUAGCUGGCAACAUGUUCCCUUCCAGCAACUCCAGGAGGUUACGGCGUUCAUCGAUAGCCCCGACCGUGAGUCCUUCGGCGAUGUUUUCAACAAGGCACUUUGGGAUGGUCCACGUUUCCCUGGCGACGACCUCAUGACCUGUGUACGUGAACUGUAUGCAGCUUGGGAGAGGCACCAGUCGGCAACGAAGGCUGCUGAGCAGAAGAGGGCAAGGACUGGUGAGGCAGGACCAUCUGCUACCCACAACGAGACUUCCUCAGCUGAGACGAGCCCAUCCGUGGCAAGCGUCACAAGCGCUGAGAGCGAAGCUGGGACUGAGGUUAAGAGCAAUGAUGGCUUGUCGACACCGGAGUAG